AUGAAGCUCAUCGAGUCACAUGAUAGCGUUUCUUUUCCUGAUAAUGUUACCUUCACCGUGAAGGGACGCGUUGUUCAUGUCAAGGGACCAAGGGGAGCACUCGUCCGCGACUUCAGACAUUUGCACAUGGAAAUGGAGCGACUUGGAAAGAACACCAUCCGCGUCCGAAAAUGGUUCGGAAACCGUAAAGAGCUCGCUGCCAUCCGUACUGUCUGCUCCCACAUUCAAAACAUGAUCAAGGGAGUUACCAAGGGCUAUCGUUACAAGAUGCGUUCCGUCUACGCUCACUUCCCAAUCAACAUUGCUCUUCAAGAAAAAGGACGACUGAUCGAGAUUCGUAACUUCUUGGGAGAGAAAAUCAUCCGACGAGUGACCCUUCCUGAUGGAGUGACGGCUGUCAUGUCGACAACUCAAAAAGACGAGCUUGUCAUCGAUGGAAACGAUCUUCAACUGGUUUCGCAAGCAGCGGCCAGCAUUCAACAGUCUACCGCCGUGAAAAACAAGGAUAUCCGGAAGUUCCUCGAUGGUGUCUACGUCAGCGAGAAGACGACAAUUGACGAA